AUGUCAGAAUCAACAACUCUUACAAAGGGCGACUAUUGCCCUGCAGGGCCCGAUGAUAUUCGGAGUCCCUGUCCCAUUCUGAACAGCCUUGCAAACCAUGGUUACCUCCCACGCGAUGGUCGCAACGCGCGUGUCAGCGACUUCACCUUGGCCAUGAACAGGCUCGGCCUGUCGCAUGCUCUGGGCGCAGCACUCAGCAAUGCGAUUUUCAUCGAACGGGAGGCAGAUGGGAAACCCAAACAACGCUCGUUCUUCGCGAAGAUUUGGUAUUACAUUCGAAACCCCUGGGCUCUGGCUUUCUCCCGCUUUGGAGUUCGUAAGCCGGGCCAGGAGGAUUCCGCCGGCAGGCCGUGCCUCAACCUGGACCAGCUGAGCACUCCUGGGGUCAUUGAGCAUGAUAUAUCGCUUACCCGUCGCGAUUAUGCGCAGGGCGAUAAUCACACCAAGCAACCAGAUCUUGUUGACGCAUUGCUUGCAUCUUCGUCUGAUGGAAAGACCCUCACUGCUGACAACCUGGUGGGGUUUCGUCAGCGACGCACUGAGGAGCAGAAGGCAGCCAACAAACAGCUCAACCCGGCAGCUGCGGCAAAUGGUAUUGGAUGGGGCGAGCUUGCGUUCGUUCUCGACGUGUUUGGCGAUGGAAAAAAGGUCGAUAGCGAUCGUGUGCAAGCGAUAUUUUCGGAGGAGCGACUACCAGUCAAAGAGGGAUGGACGAAACGCUGGUGGACGGUAGGAGUCGUCGAGUUGAUCACUUCGUCUAAGAAAGUGAAAGCGAUUGCGGGCGUCGCAUAG